CUAACAUGAAUGGGGCAAAAAAGAAUUUGAGAAUUGUUGACCUGGUCUGAGAGUAUGGAUUACAUGAAAUGCCUUAGAGUGUAAAAUAAAAAUGCAUUCAUUAAGUAUUAAGAACACAGAAUACAAAAAGUUUGGGGACAGCAACAACUGAUCAGGGACUUUAAAGACAAGUAUUUCUUUGAGGUUCUUAACAUCUUUAUGCAAUAUUGUUGUUCACAAACAUCUGCCAUGGCCUGCUACAUUAAAGGUACGUGGAAGUGAUCAUCUAUGAUGUUGGUCUUCUGGCAUGAAAACACUCAGAGUUGGAUGCAAAUGCAGUAAGUUGAAAAUAAGAUGAAAAAAAUGUCAAUAACCAGAAGAUAAAGAAGAGAUAAAGAAGAAAUAGUAAUGAAACUGACAGUGAAGCUGACAAGGAAGUGAGAUUUCACAAAGUGUUUGAGAAUGGACCAUUCUAUUUAAAAGAUGUGUGUAUUAGAGGUGUGCAUUGGGACUGGGAUCCUGCAGCUCCAUUGAUGAGGGAGCAGCAUGGCUAUACACUACACACUAACCAAACCUUUUAUCAUUCACGAAAAGAUGCCUCAGAUUCCUGUUCUUGGCUGACAGGAGUAGAAGCUGAUGUGGUCUUCUGCUGUUGCAGCCCAUCCAUCUCAAGGUCUGACAUGUCAUGCCUGCUGAGAUGCUCUUCUGCUCACCAUGGUUGUAUAUAGUGUGUGUUUUUUUUUUUUUAUCACCGUAACUUUCCUGUCAGCUCGAACCAGUCUGGUCAUUCUCCUCUGACUUCUCUCAUAAACAAUUGCCUCCACCCACUUUUUGUGUUGUUUGUUUUUGUUUCUUGUGCCAUUCUGCAUAAAUUCAAGAGACUGUUUGACGUAAAAAUUCCAGGAGACCAGCAGUUUCUAAAACAAUCAGCCUGUCUGGCACCAACAACCUUGUCACAGUCAACGUCAGUGAGAUCACAUUUUCCACCAUUCUGAUGUUUGAUGUGAAUAUUAACUGAAGCUCUUGACCUGUAUUUGCAUAAUUUUAUGCAUUGGCUGGUUGUAUAAUUGGAUGAAUGAUCAAGUGUACAAGUGUAUGUAUAAUUAAAGUGACGGGUGAGAGUAUAUAUCCUAUUGAAAACCUGUUGUUGGAAUUUAAAAGAGCAGUGUAUAUGCACAAACCUACAAAUAUAAGGGAGCAUGAAAUGUUUUGAUUGGAGGAAUGGUCCAUAAUCCCUCUACUAGUGUUAAUCAACCAUGUUAGACAUUGUAGUUAGGGGCAAAUAACAUUCCCAUGGAUAAAUGACUUUGAUAUUUUCAUAGAGUGAUAUGAAGUAGCAAGUAUGUUGAGCCUGGUACCCAGAAAAGAUGCAGAAGUCAUUUUGAAUGUCUAAGUCACUCAACCUCUAACACUAAUCUACUGAACUGAAGGUCUUUGAGUGUCCCACACAGGUAACACCUUCAAGAUGAUAACAGAACAGGACAGAAGACAAACAGAAGCAGCCUAUACAGAAGAACCCUUAUCUAUCUGAUGUAGCACAUGCAGAAAGGCUUGAGAAUUGGAAAUGAAUCAAGUAUCUGAAAAUCAUAUGUCUAGUAGUAGCAAGUUAGGCAACUGCACCUACAAUUUUGAAGACACUACACCACUCAUCUGAGGGGCUUUAUCAGUUCCUCAACAUUAUAACACAAGUCUGGUCAUUUUGACGAACUAUUGCUAGUUCUUCAAAAUGACAUGAAUGACUGAAAACUUUGAUACCUUAUUUUUCAAACACAGAGACUGGCCUUUCUAAAAUAGCCUAUAAAAAAGACCCAUCACCACUGACACUUAAAAACCUCAUGUCACACCUCAGAUAUUCAGAGACGACAGAAAAUCUAACCAAGAAAACCACAUCAGAUAUCAACAAUUGACCAACAGGAACACCUUCCUUUUAUUGCACAACGGUUCAUGUGAAAUCUACAUUUAGCCAUCAGGAAUACAGAAAUAUGUAAUGCGCCUUUUCAAUUUUCACUGCCAAGUUUUAAAACCAUAGUGAAUUGGCCUAUUUUAUUACUUUUAAAAUCUUAGCAAGAAUAUGCCCGAGUUUUUGUGAACCAGAUUAUAUCAACUGAGCUGAAACAAUUUUGUAAUUAUCUGCAUGAUCAUAACUGAUCAGUAUUUAACCAGUUUAAUCAUUUUAAUUUCAAAUAGUAGAGAAUAUAUAUAUGCUUACACUGGCCAAAUUAUAUUGUUAGUGACUAUACUGUGCAAGCGCUUUGUGUUUGUGGUUCAAUACUCAAAGAACAGAUAUGAGUUUACCCAGAAGGACGUUUCCUGCUCUGUGGUCGGAAAUGGAAAAUUAAAAAAAAAUGAAUCUCACAUACUCCACAAAGUACACACAUCCUGCAAACACUAAACGACUAGCAGCAAGGAAUGAACAGAUAAUUAAAUGUUAUUAAUAUUUACUGUUGCACUGAUUCAGUUGUAGUAAAUUGUUAGAUGCAACAUUGUUAGAUGGUACUCACUUGCACAGAAAUAGCCACCUCACGCUGGCUUAUAUAAGUUUCUAUAAUGUUUCUGUUAUACAGUAUGUGAUGCAGCAUGGGAGCUCCGAAAAGAAAUGAUGACAGCUUUCAGAAUUCCAUUUGGCCUAAGAUAUAAUCCAUGACCAAAGAGCACAGGUCUUUAGCUAAUGUGCUAAGUCUGUUCAAAUCAGCAAGUUUGUUCUAAGUCUGUGCUAAGUCUGUUCAAAUCAGCAAGUUUGUUCUAAGUCUGCGCUAAGUCUGUUCAAAUACAACUCAUAUGUAUUGGUAAUUAUUAUUAUUAUUAUUAUUAUUAUUAUUAUUAUUAUUUGUUUAUUUAUCUUUUAAUUUCUUUUAAAAAAUUUUAUUAUGCAGAAUAGCAGCAUUCUUAUUGCCUAAUUCUGUUCCAGAUAAGUACAGUUCAGUACAGUACAGUAGACACGUAAAGUACAGUAGACACUCUGCUAAAUAUAAAGUUUAUAAAAGAUAUACUGUGGCAAUGCAAGAAGAUGACAAGAAGCAACAUAAAGCGAGGGGCAAUGUAAUACUCCACUAUGAACGGACAAACAUUUUCUGUUUCAAAUAGAUAAAUGUACAUGAUCUAUGUUAGGUUAAUCAACUUUAACUCUAACUCUGAUGAACACAAUAAAUAAUACAAUUAUCAUGAAUGAUGAUGUUGCCUAAUCUAGAAAUCGGUUUACACUUAAUCUGACCUUUAAUUGUAAAAAGUUCCAAUAACAUCCACAUUUAGUCUAUUAGGCUUUCUUUAGAAUAAUUCAAGGUGUAAGUUUAAUAAAUGGAGCACAGCAAAGUCAGAAAACAAGUAUCAAACAAGAUAAUCAAUUUGGCAAAACACUGACAACAUAAAUCCCUUGAAUGAAAUGAAAAAGUGCUACACUGGUUGCAGUGACGCUCAUUACACUGAGAAAGACUUACCGUGUCUUUUUGGUGACGUGAGCAUUUGCAGUGAAUUAAGUAUCUGCCACAUUUCCUGUUUGUAACCGAAAAAGACACAAGACAGUAAAAAUAGAAGCAGAUAUGGUGCACCUCAUGAACAACAGGCAUAGUAGACACAGCUAAAGCUGCACUGCCAACGGACAGUUGAGGAUCGGAAGAUCCACAAUGACAAACGGUGCAUCGAAUUGCACGGGACCCUAUGUGGGUCUGUCAAUAACGUCUGUAGCACUGUUAAUGUCUGUGUGUUUAAACAUUCUUCUCUAUUCACUGAGGAGAAAAGAUAGAAAGAACAGAGAUGUUGGGGUGACGUUGUACCAAGAUUCUUUUCAUAGUGACAGGUUUGAGGAGGAAGAACAGCAAAAUCAAGACAAUCCUAUAUAUGGAAACAUUUUUGUAGAUGGUGGAGGAUCUUUGCCAGUGGUUGAAUAUGGGGACUAUGAACAAAUGACAAAAAAGGGUGCAAGGCAAGAUGAAAAGUCUGACCCAGAAGAUGUUUCUUAUGCAUCCUUGGACUUAAGACUUGUUCAGAAGCGUAAGAAAAAGAGGAGAUACCAGGAGAAACAGAAUCAGAUGCAUAAGGUCCAGACUCAUCCUCCUCCUGGGGCGCAGAUGAGGCGCAUGGAGAUGGGAGCAGACUGUGACGUCGCCCUGCCUUCACGGUCCAGCAGCCUCAUUGUGUCUCGCAGCAGCAUCUACCUCAACAGCCAUCAAGUAGCUUUGGAGACAGAGGAACUACAGAGGGAGAGAGAACGAGAGAGGGGGAGAGAGGCAGAAUGGAAAAGCAAUCAUGAGUGAGAGAUAAUGAUGAAAUUGCACCGCAAUGUUGACCACAGUCUGGGCCAGUCGGAGCCGAAUCAUGAUCAAGGCAGCUGAAGACCAAAGCAAAUGCAAAAAGUUCUUCAGUGCAAAGUUAAAUUUGGCACAAUUCAUUAGAAUCACUUAUUUUACCUUAAAUAUUUUAAGCUCAGUGGUCAAAGCAGGUGAAGACAAAUCUCGCUGCCUGUAGAAUUAUGAAGUUUCUACUAUGCCUCUGUGAGAAGUUUGAACUCUGUAAUCAGAUUGCACAAUAUUCUGUAACAGCAUACGACAGGAGGAUAUUGAGCAACAUUGUUUACUUAUGAUGUGGAAAGCACCUUUACAUGUUUUCCAUAAAGAGACUUUAUGAAAUUAUUUUUCUAUGUCUAUGGAAAAAUAUAUUGUGCCUAAUCAGUUCGGAGCUAAAUCUGAAAUAGGCUGUUAAAAAAUAGAAUACAAACAGCUUCAAAGGCACAUGUAAAGAGUGCAGAGCAAGAAAGCUAUUUGUAAUAGGUCUUUUACAUUUAACUCACUCUGCAAGCUUGUCACUCUAUGCAUGUUGGAAAUUCAUCUUUUGUUUAUAAUGAUAAGAAUGGUACAACUUUAAUUAUAUAUGAAAGUUAACUUAAAUAAAUUGUGUCUGCUUUGUAAUAAGUUUUCCCGGCUACAGCUGUCAUUGAUGCUGCAUUUGCAAGUGAACAAUUAUUAUACACAAACCAUAUAUAAUUUAAAUAUAAUAAUAUAUUCAGGUCAAACCUACUCCACUGUUAAAAGAAAAGCUUCCAUAAAAGUGAACCUGUUUAUUAUAGCAGUCUUGGUUUUUGUCAUUUCUGACCUUUAAAUCUUUUUACGAACAGAAUGCAAGGCAUGUACAUGCACGACGGAUGAUGAGAGACGUGCUAAAUUCUUUUUGUUCUUUCUUUUUUAUUAAAAUGUGGGUCAGUGGAAACAGCUGGCAUAUGUAUAACAGAGAGAAGUCUAAAACAUAAAGUUAUAUAUAAAGUUUAUUUAUAAUAAAUUGUUGUAUUGUAAUAUAUGACUAUAUUUUCAUUUCAUUUAAAUUUAGAAUUACAGGGUUACAAUAACAACAAAACAAACAAACAAACAAACAAACAGAUGUUAGUUUGCAUUGUAGUGAAUGAAGAAAUAUAUUACUAGUCAUCAUUCCAAAUGCAAACAAACAAAUGUUGGCUAUAACCACUUAACUUACAUAAUGUUUUUUUUUUUUAAUUAUUAAUUAAUUGAACAAUGUCAGUAAUACCUACAACUACAACAUGCACCUAGAAUAAUAACAUAUUCUUGGUGCUUACUGAC